UCAAAAUGUAAUGGUCCAUUGUUUACAGGCUUGUUCUGGCUGCUGCUUGUGGGCUUUGAGUACAUUUAGAACCGCUGUAAAAACACAUUUAGAGGACAGAGCUAAAGCUUAACAUGUUUGUGAGGGAUGCAAGCCGGCUAUUAUCUAAAACAGACAUUACAUGUAGCUUAAACUAACGUUAGCUAUAGCCCACUGUUCAACCUGACAGUACCCCGGCUGGCAGGCUGCAGCUCUGGCUGGAAGCACAGUCCGCACGGCUGACCGUCGAACAAGUCGGCCUGCUGGUUAAUAUGGAAUAUUUUCACAGCGAGGGGUGCCAAAUCCAUUUUCACCGGCGGGAAAAAGCAGCCCUGCUGUAGCGUGGAUUAGAAAACCAGCUGAUAUCGCCCGGCUUUAUGGCUUCUGGCUCCGGAGACGAAGAGGGAACGACGGACGGAGCUGCAUGGAGACUCAUAGGCCCGACCUCGGUGCUUUCCAAGCAGCGCUGCCGGCUCAUGUACUCCUCCCUCGGCUACGACUCUGAUGUGUGCCUCUUCUACGUGAAGGGGGAGUUCUUCGCAAUGGAUGCCCGCUGCUCGCAUUCCGGCGGACCCUUGUGUCAGGGGGACAUCGAGGAGGCUGAUGGGGUCCUGCAAGUCUUCUGCCCCUGGCACGACUACGACUUUGAUCUCAGAACAGGGAAGUCAGGGACCUCCUUACAGCAACAGGUGUAUGAAGUCAAGUUGGAGGAUGGGAACGUGUAUGUCAAACACCCAAGCCGUCUUUCCUUACAGCCUUUUCCUGCAGGCAAGAAGAGCUGAACAACAUCAGUGGGAAUGCUUCAUCCUUCAGCUCAUCGUGAGCCCACUCUGGCUAUUUUUAAGACUUGUUCCACAAACCUAAGCCAUUUGAAACAUUCCUCAGCCUUAUCAGCCUUUUCACAGACUGUUUCUCCUUUGAUUGUUAUGAACUCAGGAAGAUAUCGAGAGGAUUGUCUGGACAAGACAUGACAUCAGUAAACUGUUUCAAAGUUUUUCUUGCCAGCAUUCCAGGUAGAAAAUCAUCAUACACACUGAACAUGAAGAGAUGUAAGCUCACUGCUUACACUAGGAACAAGCCAGACAGUAGGAUAUAUGCAGAUUUAUUUUUUAGGACUUUUUAUGCCUUUAUUUAUGGAGAAAGACAGUGGAUAGAAUCAGAAACAGGGAUGAGAAAGUAAGGGAGAGACAUGCGAGAAAACAGGAGCUACAGGCUGCACUUGAACCUGGGCCGCCUGCAUACAUGGGACGCGCCCUUACCACGAGGCUAUCCGAAUGCCCUGAGAGUAAGAAAUAGACAGCAUAAGACCAAGUAUGACUUUGCUGUUUACAUGAUAAAACUUAGUAGGAUGAAAGAAAUCUGACUAGUCAUAGUCAAUAAUGGGAACAAUGCAGUGCAACAUAUCAAAGUACAAAAUUUAUAUUACAGCAAUCAAAUUUACACUAGCGAUUAAAACCUUUUUUUGCAAAAUAUAUAACUGAUAAAAAGAGAUAGGACAACACUAGCACAUUUUACACCCUGAUUUUUUGCAAAUUUUCCAGAGAUCUUGAGGAAUUACUGUAUUAUCAUGGAAAAAGCAGCUUUGUUAAAAAGGAGCUAAAUGAGUUAUAAUUUAGAGAAAAAAUUUACAUUUACAUAUUUUCACAGUUAGAGAGUAUAAUUUCCACUAAGGACUUUAGUACCACAUGGACUUUUUGCCAAGGUUUUUUUUUUUCCAAACUUGUUCCAUCCCACUGACAGCUCCUGACCCACCAGUUGAGAACCACUGGUCUAGCCAGAUGAAGGGAGACAAUAGUCUUGAAAACUCUUGUACUGAGCUAAGAAGCAAGGUGAGCCUCUUUAACAUAUAAAAACAUCCUUUCCACAAACAUGCUUCUAAUUGAACCCGUUUUAAACAAAGACUUUGUCUCUGGGUCAUAAUAUAGAGGUGGUAGGAGUCAUUAAAUGAUACUCAAUAUACUAUGGUAAUCUAACAAUAUCCAUCAAGUACAUGGCACAGAUAAUGUUUAUCUUGAAAUAUAUUUUAAUCUUCAUUAAAAAUGUGUAAAUGUUAUCAGUUGUAGAAUGUUUUAGUAAAAAAACAGAGCGUGAUUUUGAAUUUUCAGUAAACCUUGUUUAUAAGUCAGAAAUGCUUUGACUAACUUGAAGAGGAAGAAUUUGCCAUAGGACAAGUGUUAUUAAGACCUCUCCCAGCAGUCAGAAUCUAACUAAUCUAGUCAUGUCCAUUCGUAAUCCUCCCUCGUCUUCAAUAAGGCUUCAAGCUAUAAAACUCACAGCCUUCCUUGUUGAGUUAGAGACUUUGGAAACCUCUGGACACUUAUUCCAAUGAUGUCACGCGACCAAAAAGCCCUUUCAGUGUUUGUAUUUCUGGACCAUUUUUUAACCCAAUUACAGAUCCAGCAAGUAGAACACACAUGAAGGGCACAGCAAUAACUACUGGUGGCAGUCCCAGCACUAAGACGUCUCCAUCAGCAUUUCUCUCCAUCCCUGGCCUGCACUCAGACAGGUUUGUCUCUCACUGACGCAAUGGGACCAAAAAGAAACUGUUAGUGAGGCGCCGGAGGAAGGUUCACGACCUGAAAUGCACCAUUGACUGAGAAAAAAUGUGUUUUUCUACUUUUUAUGUGCGUGUGCACUGAUGCGUGAGUGUUUUCUUUAUUCCUUAGUAGUGAGAGCAGUCAGUAUAUUUUCUGUCAGCUCUAUUUUCUGGCCGAGGCACAGAGCCCCAUCUUAAAAGUGUCAGUGACAGUGUGGCUCAACACUCUCAUUUUCCUGCCUGCUGUGCCCCCUGUUGUGCAAAUUUAUUACAAUAAUAAUUCCACUGGCUAAAAAUGUGCGCCAACAGGCUUGCUGUGGGUGUUAUAACUCAUUACCUGAAGGGUAAUGGUUGUACACAUUGGAGAUGCACUGUUAUGUGUUGGUCGAACAGUCUAAGCAAACACUUUUCAUAGUUCUUCACACCUUUUUAUAUCCUGUGCAAAUAUUAACCUUUUGCAGUUUUUUUGCAUACAUUUAAUUAUUAUGCUUAUCUAAAUUUAAGGUAUUAGCUUGUUGUUUGUGUUAUAAAGCUGGUCUUUAUGUUAAAACAUCUGAAUUUUCUUGUAAAGGAAAGCCUGCUAAAUUUCAAGUUUUGUAAACUGCUGUUGUUUUACUUUAUUUUAACACUCGUUAUUGCUGUGACUAAUGCAAAGUCAAACGUGUCAGAUGCAAAAAUAAAUUAUUAUAUAUUUUUAAGAAUGCAAUGUGUUUCUUCAAAUUAAUUUUCAAAUACGACCAAAUCUGUCUUUCUUUCUUUCUUUAUAUACAGUUGAAAAAUUGUAUGAUUUUACACGUCUCUGC